UGCCGAGUCAACAUGAUGAAAUUGCUCGUUUUAAUAACGAUACAGCUUUGUUUAUCGUCAUGUUUAAUUCUCAACGUGUUCCAUGGACCCCUAAUAUCCAGUCUUCGUGUACCUAACGGACACAUAUUACAUAAAAGACAGGCUCAUCCUAUCAUAGAACAUGUCUGGGCUGAUGAUUAUUAUGACCAAAAUAAUUACGCUCCCAUAAAACCACAGCUUCGAGAAAUACAUUCUGCUCCACAACCGUCCAAGCAUAACAAGAAAUUAAACGAGGAACCAAAUAAAAUCAUUGGCGAGUCACAAACAUUACCUCCAGUUCAUUUUUCACCUGAAGCUUAUUCAAAUGAGCUACCUCACUUUAGUCCUGAUAAUAAUUUGGAUAUUUCGCUUGAUAAUCCAACUAUUAAUGACAUCGACUUAAUAGACAUUCUUAAUGACCUAUCGGAUUGUGUUGAACUCAAUACGGUCCAUACUUUAAGAUUAUGUCCUUAUAAAAGAGAAAGUCAUAAGGCAAAUCACUUCAGCCGAUUCAAAACAUUAACUGACGAAGAACUAGAAUCUAGAAUAGAAAAGAAAUGCAGAACAGUUAAUGCUAUACUAAAAGAUAGUAUAAAAGAAAUUAAAGAUUCAGUUAAAAAAAAUAAAGCGAUUAGAGAUGGCAACGAUUUAAAAAACAAUGCUAACGAAUCUUUAACUUUAUAUAGUAAUAGAAUUCCUAGUAAUGAAAAAAUGGUAGAAAAUUUGGUUUCAGUUUCAUCCCAUCCCAAUCUAAAAGAUAGCAGUAAUAUUCUUGAAGAAAACAACAAAAAAACUGAAGAUGUAGCAGAGCCUAACAUCAAAGUUACGGAAAAUAUUAAUGAAAAGAAUUAUGCCAACGAAGAUAAGCUUAUACUUUCAACUGACAAAACUGAACAGCUUUCCCUAGAGAAAACAAAUAAAACAAGGGAAGAUGUGAUAGAUCAAAACACAUUAAAUCAGGCCUCUUUAUCGGAUUAUGAUACGACAGCUAAAAAUGUUGAUAAAAUCGAAUUGCAGAAUGCUUUACAUGACUUGUUUGAUCCAACAAAGGAAGUGCUGUCGGAAUUAGAUGCACAACUUCAGGAAAACGAUACUUUAAAAAAUAUAACUGAUGGGAUAGGAGAUGAGAAACCAGAAGUAGAAAACGUCCAAACCGAUGCCGAACCAUUAAAUGAUAGCAAUGAUAGUAAUAUUAGAAAUGAAAGCAAGGAUAAUAACGUCUCGAAAAUUCUAGAAUUUGUAGACGGAAGACGUAACUUUUACCGACCUCGUGUAAACGAAAAUGAGGUUCCAGUUAUAAGAAUAAUAACUCACGAAUAUCCAGAUGGUAAUGUUGUAAGUAAAGUCAACGGAACAGAAGUAUUGAUCAACGACAGCCCUUCGGAGGACAGCUACACCAAUGUUUUCGUGAAAAACAUAAAUGUGCAAGGCAAUCAUAAUGUUACAGAAGUAUUAUACAAAUUCUCCAUUCCUAAACGUAUUCCAGAAAAUGGCGAACUUGAGCCUGAGAGCCAUACACUACGGAACCCUAAUAUCAGUUUCAACGGCCGUCUUUACCUAGUUCAUGAUACAGAAAGAAUUCCCGCACAGUUUAUUCAAGAAAGCAAUGGCAAUAUCAGUAUAGGUUUAGAUAUUUUAUCUGUAUGCGAAACUAAACAUCAUGAUCCCAGUUCUGUAUUAUUUAAGAUUUUAUGCAACUGCAAAAACUGUUCCUCGGAGAAAAAUUAAAAACUAUUGUAACAUAUUAUA